AUGGAAAAUGACAAGAGUUUCAGAAAUGGGGAAGAUGAGCAAGAAGAAGAAGAAGAAGAGGCUAAGAUGGAGAAGUUUUUCGCGUUGAUUCGAAGCUUUCGAGAGGCUCGUAAUUAUAGAAGAAAGGAAUUAAUGAACGAUUCUCAGGUGAUGAAUAACAAGAAGAAGAUGAAGAGGGUAGGUGGAGAUCACUCAAGUUGGGUUCCUAAAUUUGAGUGGGAGGAUUUUACUAAAGAAGUUGAGUUCGUAAGGCCUCCUCUAAUCUUUCCUAGUCCAUGCAACAACAAAGAGAAAGACAAGGAAGAACGAGAAGACACUGGCUUAGACCUCAGACUCACCCUCUAG